AUGUUGAAAGGGUCUCGUAUAUCUGCUUGUUUAUCCGUAGCUCUUGUUCGCUCUGUAUCCACGUCUGCAAGGACUGCUAACAGGGAAAUCGUACAAUUGUUGAAGAGAACUUUGAAGGAAGAGGAAUCUCGACCUGACGCGAAUAAGUAUAAAAUAGUCGCAUUCGCUCGUGCCAUAAGAGCCAUUGAGGGGCUCGACUACCCACUCGCAUCGCUGAAGUCGACGGAUGCGCGGAGAACGGCAGAAAAGGCGAAAAUUGUCCGAGGUAUUGGACACGGUAUCGCGCAUCGGAUCGCAGUAUACCUGCAUGAAGGAGAUGAGCAUGCUGCGAGCUCCUCGAAGGAGGGGUUAUCUAGCGUCCAGCGCGAACCCGUACCCGAGUUAGACAUUGAGACUCGCAAAAAGGCUAUUGCUUCGCUGCAGCUUGUGCCUGGUAUAGGCAAGAAGCUGGCCACGGACCUCGUAAACGAGGGCUGUCUGUCCCUCCAACAUCUCCGCGACCCGCACUUCAAAGACCUCCUCUCGCCUCCCAUCCAGGUCGGCGUCGAAUUCAUCGACCACAUCCUGCAGGAGGUAACACGAGAGCAGACUGAAUCGAGUAUCGCCUUGAUCCGCGACGCGCUUGAACCCACCUUCGAGAUUCAUGCCGUGGGCCCCUUGUACGUCCAUAUCCCCGUCGCCUACCUCCCUCUGACUCCCCAAUCUGUAUAUGACAGCCGGCGUGGCCUUCCCUCCUCACCGUCGCUCUCGCUCCUUCUCCUGCACCCGUCCUACAACCCGCCCCUGCCCACGCCCGCCUACCCUCCCGACGAACCCGGCAAGGGCAAGAAGCGCGGGCGCAACCCCCACGCCUUCCGCCCCGCGUACUCUGCCGGCAGCCAGUCGACGCUGAUGGCGCGCCGGGUGCUGAAGCGCCUGACAGAAGAAGGGGUUAUCGCGGGUGUGCUGUCGAGUAGCACGGAGCUCUCGGUGGCGGUGGUCAGGAUGCCUCGCGCGGGAGAGAGCAGGGAGGAGAGGCUGCGGGCGGUUGAGAGGAGGGAAGGGGUGUUCAGGAAGGCCGAGUUUCACCUCGCCCCGUUCAAAUCAAAAGCCGCCGCGCUGCUCGCGCUGACGGGCGACGCAGAGUUCCUGAGGGACGCACAAACGCGCGCGCUGGAGCAGCGCAUGCAUCUCAGCGAGUACGGGCUGUGGCAGUGGGUGUCAUUAGACAGUCCGCGAUACGAAGACGAGGGGAAGUGGGAGCGCAUGGAGGUGGCGAGCGAGCAGGAGCUCUUCGAGAAGCUGGGCAUGGCGUGGGUGGAGCCGGAGAAAAGGAACUUUGGGUUUGUCGUCGGGAGGGCGGCGAGUGGACGGGGAAGGGGGAGGCCGAGGAAAGUUGUCUAGGUUGCUUUUGCGUGGUUUGAACGCGAUGAUAUAGUUCAAUUGAAUGCGUC